AUGGCCGAUAUGACCCAGGUUCCUGUCAACGGUAACUACCCUGCUCAGCACGGGUACCCGGAGACUUUUAACCCCGCCCACGCUACCAUGAAUACCGCGGCCAACUUCCAGCCCGCCCAGUCCUCUACUCCUACGACCGCCACUCCCACCGAACAGCAGAAGAAUGAGAUCACCAAGGAUGAGGUGGGCUGGUUCUUCGUUGAGCAGUACUACACCACCAUGAGCCGCAACCCCGAAAAGCUGCCCCUGUUCUACUCUCGGCGAUCUCAGCUUGUCUUUGGUACCGAGGCCGAGUCGGUCCCCGUUGCCGUUGGCACCAAGGAUAUCAAUGAGAAGAUUAAGCAGCUCGAUUUCCAGGACUGUAAGGUGCGCGUCCUAAACGUUGACUCCCAGGCCUCUUUCGAGAACAUCCUGGUUGCGGUCAUUGGUGAGAUCUCCAACAAGUCCGAGCCUUCCCGCAAGUUUGCGCAGACCUUUGUGCUUGCCGAGCAGCCCAGCGGCUACUAUGUGCUCAAUGAUAUUUUCCGCUACCUGGUUGACGAGGAGGAGUUGGUGGAGGAAGCCGUUGCUCCGGUUCCCGAGACCACCGAGAUCCCCGAGCCUGUCUCUACCCCUGAGGCUCAGGUCACCGAUGACGUUGCUGCCUCCAAGGUUGACGAGAAGCUUGAGAAUGAGACCAACGGUGUCGUUGAGCAGACCGAAGAGGCCGUUCCCCAGACCAAUGGCACCCCUGCUAAGGAGGACGUCGAGGAGACUCCUGUUCCCGCCGUUGAGGCUGAGGUUGUCAGCGAAGAGAAGCCUGUCACCCCGGAGCCCUCUCCUGCCCCCGUGCAGAAGGAGGCCCCCGCUGAGAAGGAGUCUGCUCCUAUCCCUGCCAUCCCUAAGAGCUGGGCUAGCAUCGCUUCUUCUUCCAAGCUGGGCGCUGUUCCGGUUGUCCCUGCUAUCCCGGCUGCUACUCCCAAGGCUGCUGCCCCUGCCGCCACUCCCCAGCCCGCUGCUGCUCCUGCUGUCACCGCUGCCGCCACCCCCGCCGCUGAGCCCCGCUCCCAGGACGCUCCCUCCGGUGACGCUGCUGGCUGGCAGACCGCCGGCGCUGAGCACAAGAAGACUCAGUCCCGUGCUGAUGAGCAGAUCGUCUUGGGUUACAUGAAGAAUGUCACUGAGAAGGUCGACUUUGCUCUGCUUAAGCAGACUUUGUCUCGCUUUGGCAAGCUGAAGUUCUUCGAUAUCAACCGUCCCAAGAACUGCGCUUUCGUUGAGUUUGCUGAGCCUUCCGGCUAUGCUGCUGCCGUGGCUGCCAACCCUCACCAGGUCAGCGGCGAGCAGAUCCUCAUUGAGGAGCGCCGUCCUCGAGGCAACGCCUUUGGUGGUAAUGGUUUCGCAGGCCGUGGUGGUGCUCGUGGUCGUGGUGGGCGUACUGACAGCCAGGGCCGCGGUGGUUUCCAGCGUGAGGGCCGUGGUGGCUUUGCUCCUCGUGGCCGUGGUGGCAAUGUGGCUGCCAACAAGGGCCGCAGCCAGACCCAGGCCGCCUAA